GAAGACUGUCUCUAUUUGAACAUCUUCAGUCCGUAUAGGGCCAGCCAGAGUAAAAAGUAUCCAGUUCUUUUCGUCAUACACGGCGGUAGCUAUGAAUCCGGUGCGGGCCACACCUACAAUGGGAAAGUCCUCAGUUUGCAAGGGGUCGUCGUGGUUAAUUUCAACUACAGAUUGGGCCCUCUAGGUUUCUUAACAUCAAACGACGAAAUUCUACCGGGCAAUUACGGCCUUCAGGAUGUUUUAAUGGCCCUGAAAUGGGUGAACGAGAAUAUCAGGGCAUUUCGCGGUGACCCAACAAAGUUGACCCUGCUUGGUCACGGGGUAGGGGCCUCUAUGGCCGGCAUGCUAAUGACCAUGCCCUCCACUAGAGGUGUGUCCGUGUAUAUGUGUGUGUUUGCAUGCGUUUAUCCAAUUGUAAAACUGUAA